AUGGUGGUGCACCCAGCCUUGGGGUGCGGGUACCCACAGCGCUGCUCCGAGCCCCCCGACAGCUCCCGCGCUAUAGCCGAGGCGCCUUAUAGCGAGGCGGUGGUGGCGGCGGCCCCGCCCCGCCCUGCCGCGACCGUGGGCCCCGCCCCUCCGCAUGCAAAUACACCCCGCGCAGCCAAUGGGGAGCUAAGGGGCGUGGCCACGGCGGGACUUGUCCGGGCAUGCAGCCAGAACCCCGCGGCCGGCCCGGAGGCUCGCAGCACGCUCGCCAAGACGGGUGGCACCGUGGCCCAGCGCUGCGGGAAGGUCCCAAAGCCCAAACAUGUCGUCUCCUCAUCCCUGUCCCCAUCCACCUCUCCGGACAGCAUCGCCAGGCACCACUCCGUGCUGCUGUCCUGGGGCAACAGCAGCGCCAGGGGCGUGCGGAUGUCCUCCGCGCUCCUGCGCCCGGGCAAGUACGUGGCCAUCGACUGUGAGAUGGUGGGCACAGGUCCUCAGGGCAGGCUGAGCGAGCUGGCGCGCUGCUCCGUGGUGAACUACGAGGGAGACGUCAUCUAUGACAAAUACGUCCAACCUGAGCUCCCCAUCGUGGACUACCGGACGCGCUGGAGCGGUAUCACCAAGCAGCACAUGAAGAGUGCGAUUCCUUUCAAGGCUGCCCAGGCAGAGAUCCUGAAGAUCUUGAAAGACAAGAUUGUGGUAGGACACGCCAUUCACAAUGACUUCCAAGCCCUGAAGUACUUCCACCCGAAAGACAGGACCCGAGACACCAGCCGGAUCCCCAUACUGAACCAGAGGGCAGGGCUGCCCAGCAGGGCCAAUGUCUCACUCAAGAGCUUGGCCAGGCACCUGCUCCAGAAAAAGAUCCAGGUCGGCUGCAAAGGGCACUCAUCGGUGGAGGAUGCUCAGACGGCCAUGGAGCUGUACAGACUGGUGGAGGUGCAGUGGGAGACAGAGCUGGCCCGUAGCCUGCCCCCCCGGCCCCCCAGCCCCAUCACAGACCCCACUGCAGACAGCAACCAGUACAUGGAUGACCGGUACUGGCCCACAGACCUGAUGACAAGCAGCCUGUGAUGGGGGACAGCAUCUCCUCCACGUGUUUCAGGCCAUCCUGGUGCCUUCAGCUAUUAAAGGUGGAGGUGGCUGCUGGCCUCCUUCCCCGGGCUUGUGCCUCAUGGGCUCUGCCUGGCACCUAACUCCACUGCAGCAGUGUAGGGGAGUUGGAUAUCCCCAGCCCUGCUCGGGGAUGGAGACAUGUCGACACCUGGACACCAGCAAUCUCCCAAAAAUGCUGUCUGCAGCCUCUUGCUGUUGCACAGAAAUAAGCACUGUGGCUGUGCCAUGGUCAUAUGUCACUCGGUGCUCAGGGAUGAGCAGGGUCCUGGUGUCAGCGUGGAGGAGCCCCUGUGGGCAUGUGAUGGCUGCAGCGGUGAGCUGGGGCUGCCAGGGCACCUCCCAUGCCCUCUGGGAAGGGGAUACCCCCCAUGGGAGCAAGUGGCAAGUCUUCCUUUGGGAAGACUGAGGUGCCCAAGGGCUGCAAACCACCCGGGGCCAGUUAAACAACUAGUUUCUGCCUCACUUUUAAUGCACAGUUAAGCCUGAAAAGAAAGUCUGGGUGUAAUCAAUGUCCAGCCUGGACAAGAGUGUAGGAUGCACUUAAUUUUAAAUAGACUAUUCACAUAAUUGUCCAAUUCUGAAUUAAAACUUGUUCUUGCUAAA